UGCACCUCCCAGCAUCCCUCCAAUGCCAGAAGACACCAAGAACCUCUACGACAGCAUCCUCCAGGAGUCGAAUCACUUGAGGCCCAACCCAGUGAUGAAACUAGAUGUCAAAUUCGAGGACGGCGGCGCAGAGCCCAUAGGAGGCCACAUGGAGUCUCUCGCCGAGGUGAUGAAAUACGAGUUCGACAAGGACGGUCCCUUCCAAGUCGAAGUAACCUGCACAUCCGUCGCAGCGGCCUACAGCGAAAAAGACCCCGCAGACAAAAACCACAUAAACAACUACGUCAUGCUCACGCACGACAUCGUCUUCGCCCCCAUCGCGCACACCACCAAACACUUUGGCGUCACCGAGUACCGCGUUCGAGUCAAACCCAUCACCAACAUCAACUCCCCGUCCGGUCGAAAAGCCUACUGGAUGAAGCACGAACCAGGCCAGACCGAGAAACUCAUCAACUUCUCCAAGACAGUCACACACGGCGUCAGCGUCAACAUUGGCUUCUUUGGCGAUGGAAACAUCGAGUUUUCCUCCAGUGUUAGCAAGACCAUCAGCAUGACCGAGCCCAGUGUGCGCUGCGAUGAUCACAGCUCGUCGGGGGAGAUUAACCAUUCCUUCCUGCUAACUGAAGCUGGGGCGCAGAAAGCGACGCACCAGUUCCAGCUCGUCCACCUCGCCUCGGUUCCAGACGAGGGCCUAGGUGAUAAGCGGGCCAAAGGUCAGGACGACGCCCAGAAGCUCGAGUUUGCCCUCGAGUUUGAGGUCAUCUCGAAGCUUGACUCGAUUCGCUACAAUUCUGUCAGCAAGAAACAUCCUGCGAGCAGUGUUCAGCCGCACCCGACCCAGAUCUUCCCUGUGUCAGCGCCCCCUCGCCCCAAGGCGGAAUGA